AAUUGUCGUUUGACGUAGGUUGAGGAAAGGUGGGUAAUUUGGUCAACGUGUUGUGCGGCCGAGUUUGUUUCGUUGGUGAGCUUAACAGGUAUCUUCUCGCAUUUGUACUGGGACAAGAUGCUACAAGACACACUUUCAAUCAUAUGCAUAUCUUUUUUCACAGCAUUUUUGGGAGAAGGCUUAACAUGGCUUUUCGUAUACAGAACAGAAAAAUACCAAAAACUGAAAGCUGAGGUAGACAAGCAAUCUAAGCGUUUAGAGAAGCAACGAGAUGUUACGGAGUCAGCUAUAGAUCGCACUGCCAAAAAGCGUUUAGAGAAGCAAGAAGAGCGAUUCAAAAACAUUAAUCGGGAGUUAUCUAUGGCAAGUAAAAUUUACUCUAAUCAGUUUGAUGGACGUGUUGUAGCCAAAUUGCCGUUUGUCCCUUUCUCAUGGAUUCAAGGACUAUCUCAUAGAAAUCUCCCAGGCAGUGAUUUCACAGAUGCUUCUUUUGUCUUUGUGUAUAUAUUGUGUACAAUGUCAAUCCGACAGAAUGUACAGAAGAUCUUGGGUUUCGCUCCUUCUCGAUCAUUCAAUAAACAAUCUACAGGAUUUGCUCAAAGUUAACAUUUGACAGUUAAUCCAGUCUCAAUGUACAUUCUUCAGUGUAUUCAACACAAAAAUGUAUUAGAAAUGACUUUUUAUGACUGCAAUGUGGUUUGUUUUCUUUUCUUAGUAAAAUCACUUGACUAAAUGAUAACAUUAAAAUUGCUAUCCAAUUGUAAAACUGUAUAUUUGUUGGUCCUUUUCUCUUAAUCAUAAUAUUUAGUAUUAGUU